GCCUGGGCUAUGCCAGAGUGACAAGACCGACAAGACAGAACAAUUAGAUGAUGAUGUCAUUGCCGAAAGAAACCGAAUUUUAAAUACAGACAUGCAGCUGUUAUCUCAGACAGAUGCGCUGAUUUUAAAGAAAGUCGGCGAUGAGGCAGAGCAGGAGUCCUUUUCAGCCGUGGACUACAUCAGUUUGGGUAUCCAAAAAGGUGAAUGCUUCUGCCUGCUAGGGCCCAACGGAAGUGGGAAGUUAGCGCUGUUUAAGCUACUUUACAACGACCUCAGUUGUUCUAGUGGCGAUGUUUACUACAGCGGAAUUAAAUUUAAAAUCAGCUCCUCUAAAAUCUAUCAGAAUAUGGGUUACUGUCCCCAACAAGAUGGUUUCCAUGGUGAUCUGACAGGACGAGAGUCCCUUCAGCUCUACGGGCGGUUGAAAGGAAUUCCAAAAGAAAACCUUCAAGAGGUCAUCAAUGUCCUACUUAAACAAGUUAUGCUGGAAGCACAUGCUGAUAAACUGGCAAAAUAUUACAGUGUAGUCGAUAAACGUAAAUUAUCCAUUGCGAUUGCGUUGAUUGGGAAUCCCCAAUUUCUAUUAUUGGACGAUCCGACAUCUGGUAUGGAUAUGAAGGAAAAGAGGAUGGUCUGGAGCAUGCUGCAAGACAGAAGAGCACAGGGCUGUACCAUAGUUUUAUCGUCCCAAUGCAUGGAGGAGUGUGAGGCCCUGUGCACCCGUCUGACCAUCAUGGCUCAGGGCAAGCUCCUGUGUCUGGGCACCCCCCAGCACCUCAAGACAAAAUACGCCCAAGGUUUGACCAUCAUUGUACAUCUGAAACCUCAACCUGGACAUGCCAUGGAUGAAGUGAUCAAAUACUUGAAGGAACUCUUUGAUCAGAUAGAGAUAUUCAACCAACUGGACACCUACCUCCACCUUCAAGUCCCAGCAGAAAUGUUUCCUCCCUCUGUAGUGUUUGACAAGAUGGAGACAGCCAAGAAAGAUCUCGACCUUGAACAUUACACCAUACAGCAGGCAUCACUGGAACAAGUUUUUCUCAUGUUGUUGAAUAAAACUAAAACACCAAACACAACAGAACGGGCUGGGUCAAAACUUUCUGACAAUGAUAAGCACAGCACUGUUUUGUAGCUACACUUAAAAUAGACUGUACUGUAACUCAGUAUACAAUUACAACAGUU